AUGAACGAAGAAUUCUUUGGCGAAAAGCGCACCUCUCUCGGCGAGAGCGUGCGCACCUUCGAUGCCUUCCGUACGUUACCCACAACUCACUCGCAUGCACCGCACUAACCCACUCCGCCGCAGCAAAAACCCGAUCAACAUACACCACCCGAACCCCCCGCGGCGGGGCAAUCACCCUCCUCCUCCUGCUGACGAGCGCCUACCUAGCCAUCACGGAGCUGCGAAACUACCUGACGGGCAGCGAGUCGCACACCUUCCUGGUGGAGCCGGGCAUCGGACACGACAUGCAGAUAAACCUCGACAUGACGGUGGCCAUGCCGUGCUCGAGCCUGCACGUGAACGUGGAGGACGCGGUGCAGGACCGGAUACUGGCGGGGCAAUUGCUGUCGCAGGAGGAUGUGCGGUUCGACGACGCCGGCGCCCACAGCCUCUACUCCGGGGCCGGGGGGGGGGAGGGAGGAGGAGCACGUCUACGAGGUCCUCAGGAAGGGGGGGAAGAAGGGGGGCUUCAAGGGUGGGUCGAGAAGGGGAGGCCUGUUCUCAUCCUUGGUCGGGAUGGGCGCGGGGGAGGGUGGGGGGAGUUGUAGGAUCUAUGGGAGUAUGGGGGUCAAUCGGGUUCAGGGUGAUUUCCACAUUACCGCUAAGGGGCAUGGGUAUUGGGAGGAUGGGGUGCAUGUUGAUCAUCAGUGUGAGUUCUUCUUCUUCUCCUUCUUCUUCCCUCUUCUUCCUUCCUUCUUUCUUCUAGUCACUACCUCCGGUCGUGAACUCUUCUCGGGCUUAUGUGAAUGGCGAUGGUCGGUUAAAAAAAAAAAGCGUUCAACUUCUCACACGUGAUCACCGAACUAUCAUUCGGUGACUAUUACCCGAAACUGGUGAACCCACUCGACGGAAUCGUCUCCAAAACCGACGAAAGUAUCUCACUCUCCUCCUCCUCCUCCUCCUCCCUUGCUAACAGUAAUCCCCCUCCCAGACUUCUACAAAUAUCAAUACUUCCUCUCCAUAGUCCCAACAGUCUACGAAUCCCAAACCUCCGGGAAAUCGCUCGAGACGAACCAGUACGCCGUUACCGAGCAGUCCCGCAAAAUCUCGUCGCAUUUCGUGCCCGGGAUUUUCUUCAAGUACGAUAUCGAGCCCAUCUCGGUCACCAUCAGUGAUCGGAGGACGGCCCUGUUGGCUUUUCUUGUUAGGUUUGUCUUUUUAAUACUUGCCCCCCUCCAUUUGACCGUGCGGGGCAGGGCUGAUGCGGAGUGCGGGGGUAUUAGAUUGGUCAACAUUGUCAGCGGAAUACUGGUUGGUGGUGGGUGGGUUUAUGGCCUAUUUGGUACGCUUUCUGGGUACUUUCGUCGACAGAGGAGGAGGACGGAUGGUAUGCUUAAUGGGAGGGCACUCGGGGGUGAGGAAUGA